CACACCCCGCGGAAAGCUUACUCUGUCAGCUGAAUCACUCCCCCUUCAGGAGGAGGGAGGGGAAAUAAAGGUAACUAGCCCCUUUCUGCUUAAAAAAAAAAAAAAAAGGCAAGGGAGGCCGUGGGCAGCUUUUCAGCCGCUCUCUCCCCACUCCUGGACCAUGCACUCCUGCAUCUUCCUGCUCGGCCACAGGCGAGGACUUUAUUUCUUCAGCUGAGAGCUAAAACUUGUUGACUUUUCUUCUACCCGACAACUGAAUCAUGCCAUGUGCCCAGAGGAGCUGGCUUGCAAACCUCUCCGUUGUGGCUCAGCUCCUGAGCCUUGGGGUCCUUUGCUAUGGGAGACAACCUCAGCCGGGCCCGGUGCACUUCCCCGACAGGAGGCAAGAGCAUUUUAUCAACGCCCUGCCAGAAUACCACGUGGUGGCUCCUGUCCGAGUAGAUGCGAGUGGGCAUUUUCUGUCAUAUGGCUUGUACCAUCCUGUUGCCAGCAGGAGGAAGAAGAGAGAUCUGGAUGGCCCAGAGGACCAGGUGUACUAUAGAAUUUCACAUGAGGAGAAGGACCUGUUUUUUAACUUGACAGUCAAUCAGGGAUUUCUUUCCAAAAACUACAUCGUGGAGAGGAGAUAUGGGAACCUCUCCCAUGUUAAGAUGGUGGCUUCCUCAGGCCCCCCCUGCCAUCUCAGGGGCACGGUUCUGCAGCAGGGCACCAGAAUCGGGACUGCAGCCCUCAGUGCCUGCCAUGGACUGACUGGAUUUUUCCAUCUACCACAUGGAGACUUUUUCAUUGAGCCUGUCAAAAAGCAUCCACUGGCUGAGGGAGGGUACCACCCACACAUCAUUUACAGGAGGCAGAGGCGGAGAGUUCCAGAGAUGAAGGAGCCAACCUGCGGAUUAAAGGAUAGUCUUGGCACCUCCCAGAAGCUAGAACUACAGCGAGAGAAGUGGGAGAGGAACACCUUGCGAAGCAGAAGCCUCUCUCGGCGCUCUAUCAGCAAAGAGAGGUGGGUGGAGACGCUGGUGGUCGCCGACACGAAGAUGAUUGAGUACCAUGGGAGCGAGAACGUGGAGUCCUAUAUCCUCACCAUCAUGAACAUGGUCACUGGGUUGUUCCAUAACCCAAGCAUUGGCAAUGCAAUUCACAUUGUUGUGGUUCGGCUCAUUCUACUUGAAGAAGAAGAGCAAGGAUUGAAAAUAGUUCACCACGCAGAGAAGACCCUGUCCAGCUUCUGCAAGUGGCAGAAGAGCAUCAAUCCCAAGAGUGACCUCAACCCCGCCCAUCACGAUGUGGCCGUCCUUCUCACCAGAAAAGACAUCUGUGCUGGUGUCAAUCGCCCCUGUGAGACCCUGGGUCUCUCCCACCUGUCGGGAAUGUGCCAGCCUCACCGGAGUUGUAACAUCAAUGAAGAUUCUGGACUCCCUCUGGCUUUCACAAUUGCCCAUGAGCUCGGACACAGCUUCGGCAUCCAGCAUGACGGGAAAGAAAACGACUGUGAGCCCGUGGGCCGGCACCCCUUCAUCAUGUCCCGCCAGCUCCAGUACAAUCCCAGCCCGCUGACGUGGUCCCAGUGCAGCAAGGAGUAUAUCACCCGCUUCCUGGACCGCGGCUGGGGCUUCUGUCUUGAUGACAUCCCCAAAAAGAAAGGCUUAAAGUCCAAGGUCAUUGCCCCUGGAGUGAUCUAUGAUGUUCACCACCAAUGCCAGCUGCAGUACGGCCCCAAUGCUACCUUCUGCCAGGAAGUAGAAAAUGUUUGCCAGACACUGUGGUGCUCAGUGAAAGGCUUUUGUCGCUCCAAGCUGGACGCUGCUGCAGAUGGGACACGAUGUGGUGAGAAGAAGUGGUGUAUGGCUGGCAAGUGUAUCACAGUGGGGAAGAAACCAGAAAGCAUUCCUGGAGGCUGGGGCCGCUGGUCACCCUGGUCCCACUGUUCCAGGACCUGUGGGGCCGGAGCCCAGAGUGCAGAGAGGCUCUGCAACAACCCUGAACCAAAGUUUGGAGGGAAGUACUGCACUGGAGAAAGAAAACGCUAUCGCUUGUGCAACGUCCACCCCUGUCGCCGAGAUACACCAACAUUUCGGCAGAUGCAGUGCAGUGAGUUUGACACCGUUCCCUACAAGAAUGAAUUCUACCACUGGUUUCCAGUUUUUAAUUCAGCGCAUCCUUGUGAGCUCUACUGCCGACCCAUAGAUGGCCAGUUUUCCGAGAAAAUGCUGGAUGCUGUCAUUGAUGGUACCCCUUGCUUUGAAGGCGGCAACAGCAGAAAUGUCUGUAUUAAUGGCAUAUGUAAGAUGGUCGGCUGUGACUAUGAGAUAGAUUCCAAUGCUACGGAGGAUCGCUGUGGUGUGUGCCUUGGGGACGGCUCUGCCUGCCAGACUGUGAGGAAGAUGUUUAAACAGAAAGAAGGAUCUGGGUAUGUUGACAUCGGACUGAUUCCAAAAGGAGCAAGAGACAUACGGAUAAUGGAGGUUGAGGGAGCUGGAAACUUCCUGGCCAUCAGGAGUGAAGACCCUGAAAAAUAUUACCUGAAUGGAGGAUUUAUUAUCCAGUGGAAUGGGAACUACAAGCUAGCAGGGACCGUCUUUCAGUAUGACAGGAAAGGAGACCUGGAGAAACUCAUGGCCACAGGUCCCACCAAUGAGUCAGUGUGGAUCCAGCUUCUAUUCCAGGUGACUAACCCUGGCAUCAAGUAUGAGUACACAAUCCGGAAAGAUGGUCUUGACAAUGAUGUGGAGAAGCUGGUGUACUUCUGGCAGUACAGCCACUGGACAGAGUGCAGUGUGACAUGUGGGACAGGUAUCCGCCGCCAGACUGCCCUUUGUGUGAAGAAGGGCCACGGGACGGUGAAGGCUACAUUUUGUGACCCAGAAACACAGCCCAAUGGGAGACAGAAGAAGUGCUAUGAAAAGGAUUGUCCACCCAGGUGGUGGGCAGGGGAAUGGGAAGCAUGUUCGGCAACAUGUGGGCCCCAUGGAGAGAAGAAGCGAACAGUGCUGUGCAUCCAGACCGUGGGCUCUGAUGAGCAGGCUCUCCCAGCUAAAGACUGCCAGCACCUGCUGAAGCCCAAGACCCUCAUCUCCUGCAACAGAGACGUCUUGUGUCCGUCGGACUGGACAGUGGGGAGCUGGAGUGAGUGUUCUGUUUCCUGUGGUGGUGGAGUACGGAUUCGCAGUGUCACAUGUGCCAAGAACCAUGAUGAGCCUUGUGACAAGACGAGGAAACCCAACAGCCACGCUCUAUGUGGCCUCCAGCAAUGCCCAUCUAGCCGGAGGGUUCUAAAACCCAACAAAGACACAAUUACCAAUGGGAAGAAGGUACCAUCAUCCGAGCAAGACCCCCUAAAGCCCGUCCCUCCAACUACAUCCAGUCCCAGGAUGCUGACCACACCCACAGUGCCUGAGUCUAUGAGCACAAGUGCUCCGGCAAGCAACAGCCCUGAUCUUAUCACAGCCUCCAAAGAAGGAGACCUGGAGGGGAAAUGGUGGCAGAAUAGUUCAACCCAAACUGAACUGGACUCCCCUUAUGUCAUUUCCACUGGAACUACAUCCCAUCCCAUUAUCACCUCCUCAUCUUUGAGUAUCCAACCAAAUAAAGAGACUGAUUCCACUUCAGACCCUGGUCCCACCUCAGAGGGAGACCUUUUAGCCACAACAAUGAGUGGUUCUGAUUUGUCAUCUUCCAGCAACCCUGUGACUUGGCAGGUGACUCCAUUUUACGAUACCGUGACCAAAGAGCCAGAAAUGGAGAUUCACAGCGGCUCAGGGGAAGACGGUCAACCACCUGAGACCAAAAAUGAAAACAACUCUGUAAUAUGGACCAAGAUCAGAGUACCUGGAAAUGAUGCUUCAGUGGAAAGAAGUACACAAAUUCCACUUGAACCCCCACCAACACCUUAUCUCAGGGAGGCAUCCUCGUGGUCACCCCUCAGCACAGUGACAGAAGAACUACUACCUAGCCAAAGGCCCACUACUCUCAAAAAUGGCACACCCAGGGCUGAGGGGAGUGUCACUGAAAAGCCGGCUAACCCUCCCAUCCCUCUGGGAGGAGACCACCAGCUAGCACCCUCAGAAAUAUUGGUAAACCAUAACCCCCCAGAACUUCCAGGCAACAUGAAUCUAACCCAAAGUUCUGGACUAGACUUGACCGAGGAAGAUGCAACAAGUCUGAUUGCUGAGGGGUUUUUGUUGAAUGCCUCCAAUUACAAGCAACUCUCCACAGAUCGCAGCCCUGCGUACUGGAUAGUUGGAAACUGGAGUGAGUGCUCCACCACCUGUGGGCUGGGGGCCUACUGGCGGCGUGUGGAGUGCAGCACCCAGCUGGACUCGGACUGUGCGGCCAUUCAGAGGCCUGACCCUGCUAAGAGAUGCCACCUCCGUCCGUGUGCCGGCUGGAGAGUAGGAAAUUGGAGCAAGUGCUCCAGAAACUGCAGCGGGGGCUUCCAGAUCCGGGAGAUCCAGUGUGUGGACAGCCGGGACCACCGGAGCCUGAGGCCAUUUCACUGCCAGUUCCUGGCCGGCAUUCCUCCCCCGCUGAGCAUGAGCUGUAACACAGAGCCCUGUGAGGAGUGGCAGGUGGAGCCCUGGAGCCAGUGUUCCAGGUCCUGUGGAGGUGGAGUUCAGGAGAGAGGAGUGACUUGUCCGAGAGGCCUCUGUGACUGGACAAAAAGGCCCAUGCCCACCAUGCCCUGCAACGGGCACCCUUGCUGUCACUGGGCCACUGGGAACUGGGACUUGUGCACCGCUUCCUGUGGAGGUGGCUUUCAGAAGAGGACUGUCCACUGUGUCUCCUCAGAGGACAAUCAAACUGAAGACCAAGACCAAUGCCUGUGUGAUCAUGAAUCUAGACCUCCGGAAUUCCAAAAAUGCAACCAGCAGGCCUGCAGGAAUAGUGAUGAUUUACUUUGCACCAAGGACAAGUUAUCAACUAGUUUCUGCCAAACACUAAAGACCAUGAAGAAAUGUUCUGUGCCCACUGUGAGGGCUCAGUGCUGCUUCUCAUGUUCCCCGACACACGUCAUUCGCACCCGAAGACCAAGAAAGCCACAGCUGUUCAAAAACCCCAAAGCGUUCUAAGUCCACAAGGAAGCCACCCUCCACCAUAGACUGCAGCAGCCUGCUGACCGUGACAUGUUCCAGCUCCAGGGACCCCUUCACUGAAGUUUUUCAGGUUAAACUUUAGCUCAUGACAAAACAAAAUUCACUGUGUUCCUUUAGCCACAAAAUGUCCCUCACAGGAGGCAUAGGACUGUAAUACUUGCCGCUCCCUGAUAGGCAGGUGAGCUAUCCAGGAGAAUCAGGCAUCUCCUGGGAUCAGCUCCUGGGCGAGGUGAAGGCAAGCCUGUGAAAUGAUGUCUUUUUUUCCACCCCUAAAAAUAAAAAACAAAGAGAUCAGGUUUUUUCCCAGACUACCUCAAGAGUAUCAGGAAAGAGAGCCACACUUAUCAGGGAACAAAUAAUCUUGCUAAUUUACCUUGGUGAAAUCAUCCCUUGUUUUUCUCCCAGAGCAGCUGCUGUUUAAAAAGUCACAGGAGAGCUUUUAGGAACAUUCCUUUAAUUCAUCCAGGCAGAGGACCGCUUUCUCCACCCAGUGUUCAACUGGGGCAGGAAGAGAAAGUGCUGGCUAUACCCCCUCAGUCGAUCCCUAAUCCUAUAGAUUCCAUAUCUGGGCUGCUUAGACUCCAUGCCUACCUGGAGACACUAGAAUAAGAGGAAACGGGCAGAAACUGUAGGAUUUAGUAAACCUAAGGGAUUUAGGUUAGUUAUAUGGAAGAUAUUUCUGACUUAAGAAUAAUUUCUAUGAAAACUCUUAAAAACCAAAUAAACACAAAUCAAUUUUUGCUAGUAUAAGAAAAGGAAUGUGGGCCUUUAUUCUUCCCACUCUCCUGGCAAAUACCUAUUCCUUUGCAGAAGAACAAGAGAGUCUUCCUGUCUGACUUUUCCCCUCCAGCAUAUUCCCCAACUGCUAUAGCCAGGUCCAUGACGGCAACCCGCCCCCACCUACCCCCAGGUUGGAAAAUGGAGCUCUAGAUUAAGAUAUUUCAAAGACCCAGGUAAAUUGUAUUAAGUACAAAAAUUUAGUACAAACUUCCAGUCUUGAGAAAAAACUUCUCAAAAGUGAGGUAAAGAUAGCCACUCCCAGUACACCCAAUAGUUACUUUUGAGGAUCUGUUUCCUUGGGGGGAACAGAAGAGUCUGGGGAGUCCAAAAAAAGUGAAAUGAAAGUUAUAAUGCUUAUUCUGGAUGUUCCCACCACCCAUCAGGAGAAAGAAGUAGGCUGUGGUCUCAAAUUCAAUGACUGAACUUGAAUUUGAGUUCAGUCCUUUACAUGAACUGAACCGGAUAGUGAGGGUGGAUGGAUGGGUGAAGCCUCAAGGGGAGGAAGCUCUCAGAACCAGCUCUUGACAGAGGGGAAGGCAGGGAUGUGGCCUUCAUGUAAUGGGCAGCAUAUUUUCAGAUUCAUGCACAGGUACAGUUAAUAUUUACCAUGGAGCACAAUGUCCCAUAUCUCCCUUGGAUUAUCUAUCCGUUCAGCAGAAUGGUGCUAUUGAAAAAUGGUGCUAAUAUCUAGAUGGUGGCAGAACUAGUAUAAAUAUACAGAUAGAUGUACAAGUGGGCAAGUCCAUAUACAUCUUCUGUUAAAUGUGUAAUGGUGUUGCUGGUCAAUGCCAGUUCUAUUGCUUGGAUACCAGAAGCUUAAAAUUUUUAUAUUAUGUGCUUUUCAUUUUUUUCAGCCAUUAAUGUGUAUUAUUCUGAUAAAUUCCUGUGGAAAAUAAAACACUGGGGUUGGGAUGAAAUUCAAGACAGACCAGAAACAGGAGGAAAGUAGAAAUGUUUACCUAAAGCCAGGGAAUUUAUGUCUAGAUACUAAUUAUAUUCUUGUAUUCCCUGUCUUUAAAUAUAAGCAUUUCUGACCGAUGACAAUCGCUGGAAAUAACAGUUUUAGAGAGAAGAUGCUUAAAUUGUUAGUGACAUGAGUAGAGGAGAACUUGAUCUUUCCUAAUGGGGCAAUUCUCAAAGACUAUCCCUGAAGUGUAAUGUAGGCUUUCAGGGGAUUAAUUUAGGAAGGUGGAUUGAUUUAACUUAACCCGGUACUGUACUAUCUUAGAGUCAUGCAUGUCAUCAGAGACCUGGAUAUGACCAGUCUUAAAAACUCAGGAACAAACCCAGAUUCCUACUGACCUCAAAAAACUGAACUAGGCCAGAUUUCCCAAUACACAAAAUGUUAUUUAUGACCCACAUGGCAAAGAUGGCAGAAAUGUAGGGAGAAUAUGGCCAGGUGCUCCAUUCUAGGCCUUUCUCCAGUUUCUCAAAGGCGGAAUAUUGGCCCCUAAUCAUGCAUCAUGAGCAUUCACUUCCUGUAUUGAGGCUGUGUUGUGAGACAGUUGUGUGGCAUCUGUUAUUCUGGACCCCAGGAUAAAGAUAGCACUUUCAUUAUUGGAGUCAUCUGACACGGUUGUUGCCUUGACAAUCACUCAGCUUUGGGUCAUCAGGGUUUUGACAGGUGCCUGUGCUUGCAACAAGAGAGGGACCUCAGAUUAACAGGGAGCCUCUGAAGGCAAGAACCUAGCUGGUAUCUUCAUCAUUUCUUUGAUGUUCACAAGGGCCAACAUGAAGCAGCAUUGUUGGUUUAUUUCCUCCCUGUCCUCCUUUCUUCCCACCCUGAACAAUCAAGUGAGAAGUGUAACAAAAAACACUGGAUACACAUCAACCGUGAACCAGAAAGGUCCACCCCAGGACCUGGUGCUCAAAUACAUUAAGGUUCUCAAACCCAGUUUGGUUUACAUGGCUUCCACAGUGGUAGAAUUAGCUCUUCUCUGAAAAACUGUGGGUUAAUUUAGUUCUUGAACAUUGAAACAUAAUUCAACACACCAUGAGAAAACAAAAUUUCAAGAGACUAAAUAGUGAGUACUUUUCUAAGACAGAAAAUCAUUUUGUGAUACAAACAAUUGCCUCUUUGUAGGAAUGACUUGGUUUAUGAUGGGUUUUCUUAAACAAGAGCACACCUCCGUCCAGUCUCCUAAGACACCCAAGUCUCCACUUGAUGGAGUCAUCCCAAUGUGAUGCUUUCAGAUAUUUAGUGAAUGUUUUUGGUAGCCUUCAUCAAGUUUCUGAAACACAAUUUGAGAGAUUUAUAUUGUUUCAGAUCAUAAUUUUCCAAUCAAUUGGCUAAAAUCCUCCAAACUCUGAAAGCUACACAUCGCUACCCCGGAGGUUGCAGGUCUUAGCUCUUCUCCCUCCUGACUUUAAGAUGAAGCCCUGGGACCGUGUGUCUGGUGCUCAGUGCACUGCGAUUCACUUCCAAGAAAGAGCCCACAUGACAUGAACUGCCUGGUGCUACAACUUAGCCAACAUAUCUGAUGCUACUCCUAUUUUUUGUAUUGCUAAUUCAAAUAUUGCUAUUAUUAGUAUUAUUAUUUUAAGUUAUGGCAUUAAAAAAAUGGUUGGGAAAGCACAAUUCUACCUAUUACUGUCCUCCAAAGUGGUUGUGUGUUGUACAUGGCCCAACCCAUUGCCCUCCCUGCACCUCUGUGCUGCUUUGCCAGGCCCAGCCUCCUUAAGGGGUACCUCAGUGGGUACCUCAGUAUU